AUGGGGAAUGCGAAGCUGAUGCCCUUGACAGAGCUUCCAGAAAAGAAAUGCAAGCGAUGUGGUUUGUAUGAGGAGGACACAUUUAAACCUGAUGGUGUCUUUGAUGAAUGGGAGAUGUGUUCGAGUGAUUUCAAGGGUGGAAAAUACACCCGGUUUAAGGAAGGCCAGUUCAAUGCAACAUUCCUAUGUCCAAACUGCACUGCCUCAACUGGACAUGGAAACAGUGAACCUAGCGAAGAUUUGGAAACUAAGAAGACAUCUGUUGCUGCCAUCGUAAUAGUUAGUGUUCUUGCUUCAGUCCUUGUCAUCAUUGCCUUGUUCGGGGGCUACAAGUACUGGCAGAAGAAGAAGAGGGAGCGAGACCAGGCACGAUUCCUCAAGCUCUUUGAAGAGGGAGAUGACCUUGAAGAUGAACUGGGCCUUAGCAAUGAACUCUAA